CUGUGCCGGCCAAUUAUGCUGCUGUUACUGCUGCUGCUGUUGCUGGGACCUGGACCCCGACCCAGCAGCGCAACCAGGGUGUCGCAUGUGUUUAAGCGUGGGCUCCUAGAACUGGCAGGGACCUUGGACUGUGUCGGCCCUCGCUCACCCAUGGCCUAUGUGAACUACGGCUGUUAUUGUGGUCUGGGUGGCCAUGGCCAGCCUCGGGAUGCCAUCGACUGGUGCUGCCAUCAUCAUGACUGCUGCUACUCUCGAGCUCAGGUGGCUGGCUGCAGCCCCAAGAUGGACCGCUACCCCUGGAAUUGCAUCGACCAUCAUAUCCAGUGUGGACCAGCAGAGAAUAAAUGCCAAGAACUCCUGUGCAGGUGUGACGAGGAGCUUGCCUAUUGCCUCUCUGGGGCGGAGUACCAUUUAAAGUACCUCUUCUACCCCUCGGUUUUAUGUCAGGAGGAUUCGCCCAAGUGUAACUGACUGGCUGAACUUGAAAUGUUCACCUGCACAAGGAAAUAAAGCUCUCUUUCACUAAUGAACAACAGCAUUGAGUUUUCUGCAGAAGGAAGCGGAGGUGAAGUGAUAAAGCUGUAAGCCUCAUGUUUACUUUCUCCUUCCAAACAGGAAUUCAGGACUGUUUAGUUUCUAGUUUGAUGAAGGUCAAAAGUCCUAGGCCUGGGCUUGGUAUCAUCUCUGAAAAGGUGCUCUUUCUCUUCUAACUUGCUAACUGCUGAUCAGAUGUGGAUGAACACCUGCUAUGCACCUGUAAGCAGUCAUGGUAAUAAGAGUGCCACAUGAUGCACCACCCUUGUUAAAGUCUAAGAAUUGUUACUAUAAUAAAGGGUAGGCUUAUCGUACUCCAUCUUUAGCGGUUACAAUUCAUUUCCUGG